GGACAUCGCCCCCCUCUGCACUGCCGGGCUGGGCGGGGCGGCGGCGCCAGCAGGGGCCGCUGGGUAAUGGAGGGCGGGGGUCACAAAAUGGCCGCCCCUGCCCAGUGGGAGCGCUUGAGGCCGCUGCGGCCGGACACGCUGCGUCCACCAAUGCUCAACUUGAAUCUGGACGAUGAUGUGCAGUUUGUAAGAAGAACUCUGAAGGUUAGAAGGCCUCGAUUUGAUGCAUCCUUGGUUUAUUUGACCCGAAAAUUCAUGGAUCUUGUCAAAAGAGCUCCAGAUGGUGUCCUUGAUUUAAACGAAGUAGCAACAACUCUUGGAGUACGAAAACGAAGAGUAUAUGAUAUCACCAACGUGUUGGAUGGAAUUCACUUAAUUCAGAAAAGAUCUAAGAAUCUUAUCCAGUGGGUAGGUUCUAAUCUUGACCAAGUUGUUGGAAAGGCAGCAGAGCAGCAAAACCUUAAAGAUGAACUUUCUGACUUGUCAGCCAUGGAAGAAGCUCUGGAUGAAUUAAUCAAGGAUUGUGCUCAUCAGUUAUUUGAUCUAACAGAUGACAAAGAAAAUGCAAAACUAGCUUAUGUGACAUAUCAAGAUAUCCGUAGCAUUCAGGCGUUUCAGAAACAGAUUGUGAUUGCAAUCAAAGCUCCAGAAGAAACCAAACUGGAAAUACCAAUUCCUAAGGAAGAUUGCAUAGAAGUACAUGUAAAGAGCACAAAAGGACCCAUUGAUGUGUAUCUGUGUGAGGUGGAACAAGAUAAGCCAGGUGCCAAAACUUUUGAAAAUAUGAGUGCUGUCAAAUCUGAAACCGAGCCAUCGGUUCCUCCUGGUGAAGAGUGACAUCUCCAAAAAUAAAAAAGUAAUAUAUAUAUAAAUGUAUAUACAGUGUGAUAGAAGAUGAAUUACAACUCAGAAUCAAAUACAGAAUGUAAAUAUCUGUUCUAGAGCUUUUCCAAAGCCGCUUGGAACUGCAAACUUACCGACCUGAAAUGCUCUGGAGUGUUUUUAAUUUAAAACAGCAGUGGACUGAAUGGUUUCACGGGACUGUUUUAUCUUCCCAAGUCAGAAGACGACGGUUCCUAGAUUUGCUUCUAGGAGCUUUGUUUUCAGAGCUUUGGGAAAGUGCUAUUUUUAGCUUAUGAAAUGACUUUAAUUGAUGGAAAACAUACUCAAUGAAUGACUCCUAAAAUGAAGGGUUGGAAACUGAAAACUGUUUCUGGAACAAUCCACAAUCCUUCUGAGAAUGUAUGUAAUAAAGAAAUGCACUUUUCAGUUCUGAGGCUGCACUACUGCUAAGCAGGAUCGUCAAAUACAGAUGAAGAAAGAGCUUGAUGCAUCAGAAGCCUUCACUAUAAGGAACAAGAUGUAACUCUCAUAGUAUUUACUCCUUACACUGUGUAGAUGCUGUUUGCAUUGUUUGCAUCCAGCUCUGCACUAACUAGGGUAUCAACACUGAAGUUAAAUAAGUGGGCUUUUUCUACAUCUGUAUCACGUCUGGGUAGUUACUGAUGAAGAUUUAUUGAGAUGGUUUGCAUUUCUGCCUUUGUACAGCAAAGAAAUAAAAUAAGCUUAUAAAACAAA